GCCUGGCUCGAUUCCUGGCGCUGCCGCUAAAUUUUUACCUCCACCGUGCUGGGCGGUCUUUGUCCCCUGCUUGUUCCCACCGUGGCCAGGGUGAAACAACUGAACACUUCUUGCUAACCUGCUCUCAGCUCGGCCAAUUACGCCGCAGUGGCUCACGGCCAUUAUCUCAUUGGUAGAAGAAGAAGAAGAAGGAACCGCUUGAGGAACAACAACAACAACAAAAACAUGGCGGACGACGGGUACGUUGUGGUGCAGGGUACAGGAGCUGCCUUGAUUGAAGACGACCACAAAGAAGAGGAAGUCACCAGGUCUUACUCUGCCCUGGCAUUCACUAUAUUUGUCAUCCUUCUCAUCACCAUUGUCACGGCUAUCUGUGUUGUCGCAUUGAACCGGAAGCACCCGACACCCAACGACAAGACCGACGUUGGUCCUCCUGGACACGUGUCGAUGCCCAAGUUCCCGCAAAAGCCUCCUCAGGACAACUUCGAGGAUUACACGGACAGCGGUAUUGAUCAGGCAGAAGAUACAGCACCGAAAGAUACGAGAGUUUGCAACACCCACGAUUGCAACUACGUCCGCCAGUUUAUUGAAGCGGUUGUGGACACGGACCGAGACCCGUGCGAUAACUUUUUCAAGUUCGCCUGCGGUAAAAAUGAACGUCUGCCCACUGGUAUGUACGUCGAUAAAUUUGGCGGCAGUUUAGUCGAACGGGACAUGAUGGCAUCCGUCGCGAAGAACUUGAAAGAGGCGCACGUUCCUCCCGUAGGUCAAACUGCUUUUCAAAAGUCUGCAGCGCUCUUCAAACACUGCACGGAAGGCGACAAGAACAAGUCUCUGGAAGUCGUCAGAGAUUUCUUUCGAGAGCACCAGAUGGAUAUAACGAAAAAGAUGUCAUUCCAGCCACUGGACAUCAUGGUGAAAUUUAUCUUCAAGAUCAACAUUCAUUUACUGUUUUCAUUGGAACCAGUUGAGCUUGGAGCACGUGCUUUCGCGUUUCACAAGGAAAAAAUAGCCCCCCCAGGAGUAAAGUCUACACGUGUUAGAGAAAUUUUGUCUCUCAUAUAUUCGGCAUCCAUCGAUAGCAACCUGGUGCGGAUUGUUGAAGCGUUAGAGAACAAGUUGGGUGGCAAUAAAUCACAGAGCAGUGGGCAUGGGAUGUCAAACGACACUGUCAAGAUGAUGGAGCUUCGGAAAGUGGGGCAAGGAGACGACGAACUCUCUGACGAGUGGAAUGAGGCGCUCCGACGCUACGCACCCGAUGCGGUACAAACGAAAAUGGUACAGAUGACAGAAGCUGACUUCCGCUUUUUCCACCGCCUGUUUGGAAAGCAAAGAGACUUCUCGAAAGAUGAUAUGCGAGUAUUCUUCGCAUGGAGAUGUGCCUCUGACUUUUACAAGCGUCUUUUUGUUAGAACUUACAACUGCGCUCUUACUACGGUGCGGACCCUCCCAAACGCGGCGUCCAUAGGAGCCCCGUUCCGAGCCAAUUACGACGAAAGGAUUGAAGCCAUCACGAAAAUGAGCGAAGGAAUCAUCGGCGAAAUAAAGGAAAGCUUUAGAACCUGCCCGUGGCUAGAUGACAAAACGAGAAAAGGAGCUUUGAAGAAAAUAUCUAUGCUUAGGAUACGCCUGGGAUUGGCACCGGGAUUGAACACCUCGAAAAAAGUAGACAAGUUCUACCAGGACCUCCCCGACCUGAGCGGCCCCUUUAUUCAGGACGUUCUAAGCGUUGACGCAUUUCAGACUCAGAAGUACUGGAAUGCUGUGACACAAGAUUAUUCCCAUUAUAUCUAUGAAACGCUGACUGCUUCAACCCCGUACGCUGCUAACGCUUUUCAUUUACCCGCAGCGAACUUUGUCCAAAUUAAUAUCCCGUAUCUUUUAUCACACUACUUUAACCUUGGAGGUCCACCCGAAGUGAAUUAUGGCGUACUUGGAUACACAAUGACGCACGAGACAAUGCAUGGCUUUGAUACCAGUGGUCGUCAGUACGACUGGAAAGGGGACAAGGUACCGUGGUUUACGGAGAAGAGCAUGGAGGAGUUCAAGAUUGUGGAGCGCUGUUAUGUGGAGCAUAUUAACGGGGCUCCGAAAUCCAGGGGCUAUGCUCAGUAUCCCUGGGAGUAUCAGGCAGACGUGCUCGGCACUCGGGCCUUGCUGAGGGCAUACCAAAAGGCUGCUGAAAGAUCCAUGGUAAAGCUGGGCAACGUUAAGGGCUUGACCAGUGACCAGCUCUUUUAUGUCGCUAGCUGCCUCGACUGGUGCGGCGAUUUCAACACUGACGAGGACGACGACGAGAAUGAAACACAUCCACCGUCAGAUGAGAGGUGCAACCUUCCCCUCAUGAACUCGGUCCAUUUCAGCAAAACGUUCUCUUGCCCCGACAAUUCGCCAAUGAAUCCGCGACAGAAAUGUCUCUUUUGGUAGCUUUCGGAGUCAUUUUGGAAUAAACUGAGUGUUCCAGGAGCACUCCAAUAAAGUGUGUGCGAAACAAUGUGUGCACAUUGUCGAAGCAGAUACUAUAUGGAACUAUCAUACUCUAGAAAUCCUGCAGACUUGUUUCUCGAUUUUCUUUCUACAUUCGGAAGCUUCAAUUACACACUGUGCUUCAGAGAUGACGUGAAACGACAGAUGAAAU